AUGGAAUGUCACUACGAUGUUUUGGGUAUCUCCAGAAAUGCAGACGCCGACGAUAUAAAAUACGCUUAUCGAAAACUGGCCCUCGAAUGGCAUCCCGAUAAGAAUUUGGACAAAGUCGAGUUAGCGAAAGAACGAUUCCAGAUUAUAAAGCGAGCUUACGAAAUUUUGUCUGACGGGGAAGAAAGAGCAUGUUACGAUAACAUUCAGGAGGAGAUUCUGAGAGAUUCCUACUCAAAAUUUGUAGAUAACAGAUUCGACGUUUCCCAGUAUCUUACCACCAUGUGCUUCAAGGGUUACGGUGAUGACGAAAAUGGAUUCUACUCUGUGUAUCGCACAGUUUUCGAUUGUAUUAUUAAGGAAGAUAUAAAAUUAAUGGAAGGCAAAAGAAAAUUUCGUGAUGUACGAGUACCGAGGUUUGGAUACUCAUCGACUGAUUACCAAGAAGUUUCUGAGUUUUACGCCUACUGGCUCAACUAUUCAACAAAAAAAGAUUACGCUUGGUUGAAUAUUUAUGAGACAUUUUACAUUCAAGAUCCGGAGUUUCUCAAAGUGGCUGAGAUAGAGAACAAGAAAAUCAGGGAUUUCGCUAGAAAACAGCACAACCGGAAAGUUCAGAACCUGGUGGCUUUCGUGAGGGAAAAAGACGAGAGAGUGAUAGCCCAGAAAAGACUUCAGGAGCAGAAAUUAGCGGAAGAAAAAAAGAGGGGAGAACUGAGGUCUAGGAAACAGAAGAUGUUGAAUGAUUUCAAAUACCAACGAGACUGGUCAAAAUUCGUCAUCAGAAAAAAACUGUGGAUGUGA